AUGGCUAUCAUAUCCACCGCCACGCCUCCUGGCGAAACGGGGCUCGCUAGUAAGCCCUCGAAACCCUUUCGCAAACAGGCCUAUUCUUUCAGGCUUCGCAGAGAGGCCGAAGCCAUGAACUACGUACGAAGUCACACCUCGAUCCCAGUACCGUCCAUUCUCGACAUGCAUUUCGGCGUGAGCGACCACGAGCCGGGCUGGAUUUUGAUGGAACGAGUCCCCGGACGACAGUUAGAUGAGGCAUGGCCGAUAAUGUCUGAAACAGCAAGGGCACAAACGAUCUCUGAGCUUCAAUCAUACGUAUGCCAGUUGCGCCGCCUUCGCCCAUCUGGACCUGGCUGGAUUGGUUCCUGUUCCGGAGGGCCCGCGUAUGACCAUCGGCUGGAUAACAUGGCUACCUGUGGCCCAUUUGCGUCUGUUGCCGAGUUUCACGACUUCCUUGUUGGCCCUGUUAAGAAUUGUCCACGGCCUGAAUGGGUGGCUAAAUAUCGCAAUAUGCUCCCCGAUAACUAUCGCAUAACAUUUGCGCAUGCAGAUCUUUCAUGGGAAAAUGUUCUUCUUGACCCUACAACAGGCUCCGUCACCGGAAUCGUGGACUGGGAAAUGGCGGGUUUCUGGCCCGAGUGGUGGGAAUACAGAAAGGCUCUGUUUGGUUCACGGUCUCGACAAUGGUGGAUUGAAAUCGUGAAGCAAAUUAUGAAGGAGUAUCAGCACGAAACUGAAGCUGACAUGGAACUCGAAAUGUUCUAG